AUGAAAGAAGAUGGUAUGUUCCAGGAUGAAGCUACAUUUACAAGUUUACUUACCAUAUGUUCAAACCUUUCGUCCUUGAACCUUGGUAAAGAAAUUCAUGCAGAAGUAAUUAAGGUGGGGAUUAAUUGCUUUAUCCCUGUUAGUAAUGCAUUAGUGACCAUGUAUUUUAGAUGUGGAAAAAUGGACUCUGCAGUACUUGAAUUUUAUUCCAUGUCCGGCCAUGAUGUUAUUUCUUGGAAUUCUGUAAUUAGUGGAUUAGCUCACCAUGGGCAUGCUGAACAAGCUAUAGAGAUGUUUGAGAAAAUGAGAUUAUCAAAUGUGAAGCCUAAUCAAAUAACUUUUGUAGGUGUCCUUUCUGCAUGUGGCCAUGCCGGCCUUGUUGAACAUGGUAAAUAUUACUUUAAUAUUAUGCAAAAUGAGUAUUUUCUUCACUCAACAACUGAGCAUUAUACUUGUAUUGUUGAUCUGUUGGGUAGAUUUGGACUUAUAGAUGAGGCAAUGAAUAUUUUGGAUCAGAUGGGUGUAUUAGGACUAGAAGUUCCAGCAAGUGUUUGGGGAGCAUUGUUUGGAGCAUGUAGAAUGCAUGAUAACAUCACUAUAGGUGAGAUUGCUGGGAACAAGAUUCUGGAAUUAGAGCCUUCUAACUCUGGUGUGUAUAUGAUUCUAGCCGAAAUAUACCUGGCUAGUGGGAGGAAAGAUGAGGCAGAAAGGAUAUCGGUUCGCAUGAAAGAGAAUGGUGUUAAAAAGCAGCCUGGCUGUAGUUGGAUUGAGUCAAACGAUGGUGGCCAAGUAUUUCUUGCAGGGGACAAAACACAUCCUGAGUUUAAGUUCAUCUCCCAUGUUAUAGACUUGAUAUAUAUGGAGAUGGAGAUAGAACAUUUGAAAUCAGAUUUUGCUUCAUUCUCUGAAUCUAUAGAAGGCAUGUAG